CGUAAGUCAAGGAAACAACAGCAACAACAACAACAUCUGCAGCAGUAUUCGGUAAUCAAACAAGUCCAUAUAGGGAUAUUUUUUUGGACUUUAAAGCUAUUGAUAUGGAUAUCAAUGUCUGGUACUAAAGAAGAUAUUAAAUAAAAUGGCUAUGGCUGGGAUAGAGAAGACGCGAUUUCUGCUUCUGCCUAGAAAUCUGUCAGCUGUGGCUCUUCACCCAUGUAAACGCUUGUUUUUCACAUCUAUUUCUGCCAGUUCCAAUCAGGUCAGACUUAACUACCGUGAAAAUGGAAUAUACAAGCAUGUUUGCUUCAGAGCACCUGCAAGUUUAUGUAUAAGUUUACGACAACACAUGAGUGUAACAAGGAACAGUGCUAGGUACACAGAUUUUGGACACAAAAGGAGACCUUUCAAAUGGAAGACGUUUUUAAUAGUCUGUUUGAUGUGUGUCAUUGCACUUGCAACUUUAGUAGAGAAAGCAGAUGCUGCAUCAUCUGAGGUGGAAGGAGAUCAAAGUGUAGAACAGGGGGAGAAAGAUGGGGAUGGGGAACCAGAGAAAGAAGGAAAGAAAAAGAAGAGGAUAGGAUUUCAUGAUAAAAGAAUGAUUGAGUAUGAAAACAGAAUACGAGCCUACUCCACCCCUGAUAAGAUAUUUCGUUACUUUGCGACGCUCAAAGUUCACAGCAGUGGGGAAUGGGAAGUGUUUAUGACACCUGAAGAUUUUGUCAGGUCUAUCACACCUGGGAUGCUUCAACCUGAAGGCCUUGGUCUUGACCAGUUCAAAAAGUUUGAUCCACAGAAGGAAAGUGUUGCGGAAUUGUUUGACAAGAUAGAGCUGGAUAUAGAACCAGACAGUAUCUUCAACAAACUGGGAGAGUGUGGACUAAUUGGCUUCUCCGAUUAUGUGUUCUUACUUACAGUACUCUCAACUCCUCCACGAAACUUUGAGAUAGCAUUUCGUAUGUUUGAUAUAAAUGGUGAUGGUGAGGUGGAUCAUGCGGAAUUUGCAAGGAUAAGUGAUAUACUACGUAACCAGACAAGUGUAGGAAAACGCCACAGAGAUCACGCUGUGACUGGAAACGUGGUUAAAGAUAUUGGGUCUGCAUUGACGACCUACUUCUUUGGUUCUGAUGGCAAAAAGAAACUGACAGUGCAGGAGUUUAUACAGUUUCAGAAGGAGUUGCAGAAUGAAGUUUUAAGGCUAGAGUUCAAUCGUUACGAGCCAGAGGAUGGAAAGAUCUCGGAGAGAGAUUUUGCAAAAAUGUUGCUCACUUAUGCCGGUUUUCCUGACAAGAAAAAGGCGCUGAUGAUACGCAGGGUAAAGAAAGCUUACAAAGAAGAGGAAGAUGCAAAGGGUGUAUCUUUUGAAGAAUAUGAGAACUUUUGGAAGUUUCUUCAAAAUAUUGCAGAUGUUGACACAGCUCUUAGUUUUUACCACUUAGCUGGUGUAUCAAUAGAUCAAGAAACAUUGAAACAUGUAGCUAAGACUGUGGUACAUGUGGAUCUGUCUGACCAUGUGGUGGAAGUUGUCUUCACUCUCUUUGAUGAAAAUGAGGAUGGACAGCUCAGUAACCGAGAAUUUGUAUCUGUGAUGAAACGACGACUGAUGCGUGGUCUUGAAAAACCAAAGGACACUGGAUUCACAAAAUUAGUCAAUUCUGUCUGGACUUGUACCAAAUCACAAACGAGAUCCUAUUUUGAAUAGCUUUAUUUAAUACAUAUAUAGACUUUAGUUUUUGAAAUUUGAGCUGCAUCAUAACAAAAGAUACUUUGGUAGGAAAAUAAUGUUAAUUAAGCCAGAAACGGAGGUUUAGCAAUUUGGAAAGCUGUUCAGUUUUGACCAAAACUUACAAGCUAGGUAGAUGGGGAAAAUAUAUUUUGAUACUUGACCUUUAAUAAAUCAUUUAUUACCAUUGAUUUUUAUAUAUUGUGAAAAGUUUAAGACUAAUUUUUAAAAACCUUCUUUUUUCAAAAUUAUUUGUGAAGUUAAAAAUUUGUCUAAAUCUAGUGUAAAUGUCAUUUGGGUUUUUUUUCUCAAAAAUUGUACCAAUAUAGUAAGGGUCCCAAUAAAAAUAGCUAUGAUACCAAUAUUUCUAGAGCUUUAUAAUGAAGUUCAUAUUACUUGAAGAUAUGAGAGAAAAUUUAUAUCUUAUUACUAUCUCAUCCAGUAGAAAUGUCCCAUCAGGGAGACAAAAUAGCGCAAGAAAAAAAACCCCAACUAACCCCAACUGCUGGAGUCCUGACAACUAUGUUAUUGUCAUUUACUUACCUUGUUUGAAUUGUGGUAGUGUGCAGUUGAUAUGGGCAUCUUGUGUAUAGACAUUAUCAAGACUGGGUUUAACUCCUUGAACAAAAAUUGUGAAAAAGUGAUAUUUAUAUGUAUGUCUGGUCGCAGCCAGUAGCAAAGACAUUUGUAAACUACUGGUUCAUAGACAAAACACGACAUUAGAUAAAUCAGAUAAUUACGCAAGUAUCAUUUACAAUGUUUUGUCUUGAUGCAGUUCAUAGGUCAUAAAUUAGGGAUGAAGAGUUCAGCAAAAAUUAUGUAUUUUUCUGUCAUACAUUGUUAUGAAUUAAUUCUCAGUUAUGGAAAUAUUUGUUGUUACUGUUAUUUCAUACUAAAGGGCAUUCUGUGUAUGCUUGAAAAUACUGAAAAUGGUUGGAGAUAAAUAAAAUUUUGUUGAUCUGACUUUUUGCUUCAGGAAGUUUUAAAUCAUAUGUAAGGUGUAUUGAAGUAUGCAAAUAUAAACUGGAACUAACUACUUAGAUUUUAGAAUGAUAAAGGGUGCUCUAGUAUGAAAAUGUACAAACAUGUAUACAUGGGGUCUGUUUUAUGCCAUGUUAUUUUGUUAUUUAAGCAAAAGUAAAGCAUUGACAAAGUUGACAGUUUGUAGAAACGUAGUGUAUGUUAAAAAAUAUCUAUAUGGUUUAUCUAUUUACAGGUAGUCUCUCAUUUGGGCAUUGUCAUUGAAGAAUGUAAAUUUUGUCUUGCAUGUUAACAUCGCAAAUACAUUUAAUAUGUUAAGUAUUGAAAGUCAGUUGUUUAUCUCCAUGCUUUUUUUUUGCUUGACACAUACUUGUUACCAUUUUUUUGUAAGUAAAUCACAAUGCAUAAAGAAACAUCUUUUGCAAAUGAAUUUAUUUCCAUAUUUUUAUGUAUUCCAGCUCUUUAAUAUUUGUUUCCAUAUAGAAUGUGAUGCAUAAGUGGGUUUCCAUGUAAUCAUCCAUAAGCAAUUCCUACCAUACAACUUUUUGCAGAGUUGAUCACUUACACAGAAAGCUUUUGUACGAAUUGCUCCUACCUUUCUUUAUAUUUCCAUUGCAUAGUUUUGAAAUAGCACAAACUAUCGCAUUGAUAUAGACUAUUAUCUCCCUUUACUAAUUACCUCUUCAAUUAUAAAUUCAUGAUUAUUUACAGAUCAGCUAUUUGCAAUGAUCAGAUAAUAACUUACAGUGAUCAUGUGGUAACCUGCAGUGAUCAUGUGAUAACUUGUAGUGAUCAUAUAAUAAUUUGCAGUGAUCAUGAUAUAACUUGCAGCGAACAUGUAAUCACUUGCAGCGAUCAUAUAAUAACUUAAAGUGAUCAUGUGGUAAUUUGCAGUGAUCAUGAAAUAACUUGUAGUAAGCAUGUAAUAACAUGUAGUGCCCAUAUAAUAACUUGCAGUGAUCAUGUGGUAACUUGCAGUGAUCAUGAAAUAAUUUGCUGUGAUCAUAUUACUUGCAGUGGUAAUGUGAUUACUUGUAGUGAUCAUUUAAUAACUUGCAGUGAUCAUGUGGUAACUAAGUAAGCUGAUGAUCACUGCAAGUUAUUCAUGAUCAUAUGAUUACUUACUGUUAUUCAGGGCCAGUGAUAGUUUCUGGUUGUUUAUGCUUACCAAUAAGGAAUGUUACAUACCUGUAAUUGGGAAGAAUAUUCACACCUUAUAGUAUUUUACUUAUGCAAAUUUCUAUGAGAAAUGUAGCCUUAGUAGUAGAAAUCGUACAGUCUCACAAUAAUAUGACGACUGAAAUAAAUACAGGACUUUAUAGUUUUAUAUUUUGAAUAGUUCUUCUUUGUAGGUAAAGAAUGUUGUAGAGCAGUGGGGAAAAGACAUCUAGUUAUAGUUUCUGAUAAAAUAUGGAUUUUUGAUGUAAUUUAGAUUUUAUUGAUUUUUAGUUUUUGUUACUAAGGGUAUUGUUGAUAUAAGAGCAGAGUCUCACAACAUAUCAAAAACAAUUGAAAUGAUGUUUGUUUACAAUGUUCAUACAUGUUUAAAAAAUUUGAAUGGGCCAUUGAUAUGUGAUUACAGAUUCUUGUAAAUAAUAUGUUUGCUCCUUUUAUGUUUAGAUUUGAGAUAUAGGGUGUAACUAUUAUUACUUAAAUUUUAUCAUCUAUCCCUAAAAAAAAACUACCAUUUCUUUUCUUUUUAUCCAUAGCCCUUGAAUAAAGUUACGAUUAUUUCACAAUUGUUUACAUAGCCCUUAAAAAAGAGCUACUAAAUAUUACUUUACAAUUUUGUCAAAUAUAGUAAGACAAACUUACCGUCCAUGUUUUUGGGAAUAGGAGUAUUUACAACAGUGUGUCCAUUUAUUAAAGGUCUGCUUGCAUACACUUGAUGUUACAGUUGUAAAGAUGCAGUUUGAAACAGAUGUUUUACUUUUAACUCCAGUGUACCAUAAAAAUGAGAUCAAGUUACAUUAAUGGAUUCAAUUAAUUUAAUUAUUUGUAUUUUGUGGCUUGUUAAAACUGGGUUGAGGUAUGAGAAUAUAAAAAAAGGUUACACAAUUGCAUCAUUUGAUUUUGCUGCUGUUUCUGCCUUUGCGACUAGUGUAGAUCAUGAUCAGCCUGCUCAUCUGUGCAGUCUGAUCAUGAUCUGCACUUUUCACCAUUCAGACAGCAUCUUUUUGGUAAGCACCCCUUUUAAAAGUUAAUGGUACUGUCCAAAUUGAAUAAUGAACAAGUUCAUUAUAGAAAUUUAGUAGGGUAAGGGUAAAGAUUCAGUUUGUUUGAUUCAACCUGUUGACUGAUAAGCUGUUAUACUAAUUCUCUAACAUGAAUGGUAUUGUACCUAUGGAAUUCAAUAUGGUUGAAUAUAAUAAAUGUCUAAAGUCUUAUUCAUAACAAAAAUUUGAUGUAAAAUGGAUUCUUUUUCAGUUCAAAUAAAAUAAAAUUAAUAAAUAAUUGUUUGUAUGAAAAAUGAUGAUAGUAUUUGAUAUAUAUCAAGGCAAGAUCAACAUCAUCUUAAGGUAUUGGACCCGUAAUAGAGUAUCUCCUUUUUGAAGAGUAUUCAAUUCCUACCAUAAACCUACUUUGACUGCAGUUUUCAGGGGGGCGUAGGUUCAAACCCCACCGGGACCAAAUUUUUUUUUCCAUGUUUUCUUCUUUUCUAGUAAGUUUUUACUUUUUCAAGACUAAUCAUGGAUGAAUUGUAAAAAAGUGGAAAAUUUUCAUUUUAAAAGCGAUUUUUUGCUGUUCAAUGUGAAUUUACCUCUGAAUCAGGAGGGGUAGACUUAGACAUCUUUAAAAAAUACUGAGUUACGUGCGGUAAAAGUUCUCUAUUUUGCCUUCAUUCUUUAGACUACAUAUUGUGGAAGAAAUGCAGGUAGGUUUUAUUAUUGCCCCAAGGUUAUUUUUGAAUGAAGUGAGCAAAAUUCAAAACAGACCCACAGGAUUCGACCUUAAUUAUUCAAUGUUGGAGUUAGAAUUUUGUCUCAUUAAAUCUGUUUACUUGAGGCACCCUAGACAAAAAUGAUUUUUACAGUUUUAUUUUGUGUUUUAUAAUUGUUUAACAAUAGUUUGAUGUUUCUGUUAUCAAAAUUAAUGCUGUAAUGAAUUCUCUGCAAACGUUUUAGAUAGUGGCCAUCACAUUGAAUUUUGUCUCCUCUUCAGCGUGAGGAAAUACCAUAAAUUAUACAAAAUUUACAAAAAAGGGCAUGGUAAAAGUUGUUUAAAAUUUGCAACACAGUGUGAAACAUGGUCAACUUUAAGAAUAUACCAAGCAAAUGCCAUUUCUUAAACAUUACUAUUAGGGGUCCAAUACCUUAAUAUUUUAUAAAUUUGUACAGUAAUGUAACAAAGCCUUCUUUGUGGUUUUAGUUGAAGAAACUACAAGAGCUCCGUAAUACAAUCUAAGAGCUUCAAAUCAUCUUGAAGAAAUAUACAGUUCUAAGUGGGGCAGUUGUUAAUGAUUUAUUCAAAUGUAGUAUAAUUUAUUUAGAUGUUUUUUACAGUCAUAUCCUUUAUUUACCUAUGAUCUGUUUCUAUUAAAAGCUACAACAAAACA